CCAACCAAUCAGAAAACGUUUUGUUCGUUCUCAGCUGGACUGUGUCUGGGAGCGCUUGCAUAAACGCGAGAGGACACUGUCAGUCAAAGGAGAGACACUUCGUGUUCUCCAGAACCCUGAGACUCACCCAAACCUUUGGAUUCUCCCGUCAUCAGCAUGAGCAGGAUUGUUGGAGUUCUGAGACGUACCUUCGGAUACGUGCGCGAGCACGUUGGAACAGACCAUUUAGGAAACAAAUAUUACUUCAUCCCAGAGCAGAAGUCCUGGACAGGGAAGCAUCUCCGUGCCAAACGGAUGGUGGAGGCAGCCAAUCCUUCAGAGUAUGAAUACGCAGAGGGCAGCAUUCCGAUGGAGUGGGAUGCUUGGAUGCGAGGCAGACGGAAAGAUCCCCCCUCUAUCCAAGAAAUUAUGAUGAAUUUAUCUGAAAGGGAGCAAAUGAAGCUGAAGGCCAAAGAGGUGGAGGAGAAGGACCUGGCUCUGCAAGCUAAAGAGUAUGAGGAAGGUCUGGUGGCUCCAGCACAAACUGUGGCAAAAGGGCACGCAGCUGCCGCUAACUUUGGCAAGCAGGAGAUCAGCGAGGAGCCAGUCAGCACAGCAAACACAUUCCAGCCUGGUUCAUGGAUGCCCACUUCCAAAAAAUAGACUGAGACGUAAAGUGGAACUGCAGCACCCUGAAGAUAAAUGCAUGACUGGAACAACUGUGUUGGAGUAAUUAAGAGUUUUUAGUGGAUACUUAACUACAGAAAAUGUCGUUUAAAAUCAGUAAUCCUAUAAACUUGAAAUUUCGAAAGAACUGGUUAAAACGAUCUUUAUUUUGUCUUCAAGCAGAAAGUAUUUAUUUUUAAUGUUCAUCGUAUUAUAAAGGGUCAGCUGUUUUCUUUGACUCUGUAAAAUCCCCAGCUGACUUCUUAGAAGUUCAUUUAGUUUCUAUUUACAAGGCAGACAUAUGAGAAGAGGAAUUGGAUAUGACAAAUGUUCUUUGUAAAACACAAGGAAAAAGGGGUCUAAUAUCUCAUAAUCAAAUAAACAUCUGACUAAACGCAUAUGCUAAUUUUUAUAAAAUAUGGACAAAAAAGUACAUUUCAAAGAUGUAUAUUAAAAGGGUCAAUACUUUAUUUUUUUAAGUACUUUUCAGAUUGUUUAAAACCAAAUUCUCCUGCAAAGAAGCUGUUUUGUCAUAAAAGUAGAAACUUCAAAAAAGUAACUUUUUUCUUUAGCUAACUCUGUAAAUUCAGCAAAAGAUUAAGAAAAACUACAUUAUUUUAUUGUUUUUCUUCACAUACUGGUAAUCUAAAAUAAAAUCCUCUGUCACCUUUAGAUUUGUUUUCCAAACCAAUUAUGAAUGUGCUUUUGUUCCACACAGUUCUUUGUCACAUAUUUAUUAUUUUUGAAGAAACUCUCCUGUUUUUUUGCUCCAAGCCACAACUUUAUUGUAAAUUGUUGAGAUGAAAUUUGUUUUACAUUGCUGUGUAAAUAAAUCUCUAAUUUCAUUUAA